ACCGAAUUCAAAUGUUUAGGUCUCCCUCCUGACAGACGUUCCCACACUCACACACCUCACCUCCAGGUCCAACAAUGGCGAAUAACUCCAACAACAACAAUGAAAAUCUAUUUUCUUCAUUGAUUUGUGAUAUCAAAACCUACAAUGGCUCAGAUCCUCUUCUCCCAUGGCUCCGAGGCAUUAAGAAGAUGACGGAUUUAAUACCACAACAGCUACUCAAACAGAAACUUCCUCGGUUUCUUCAAAAGUGCGCUCAAACUUUCGAAACAGACAUCCGUUACCGCAAUGAUUUACGCUAUCUUCGUGUUUGGAUGAAAUUGUUGGAUUUUGUUGAUGACCCUGGUGCUGUUCUGGAGAACAUGAAGGCGAAUCACAUUGGGAACAAGAGGUCACUAUUUUACCAGGCCUAUGCUCUUUACUAUGAGAAAUUGAAGAAAUUUACUGAUGCUGAAAAGAUGUAUCAUUUAGGGGUGCAAAAUCUUGCAGAGCCACAGGAUGAGCUUCAAAAAUCAUUCGAUCAAUUUCUUCACAGAAUGGAAAGACACAAAAACAAAAAGACCCGGGGGGUAGGUUUAGUGAAGGAUAAACCGCCUUCAACACAAUCAAAAUCCCGACAAGUAGAGGACAAAAAAGUAAUUUCACCAAGUACAGAAGAUGAGAAGGGUAAGGUGGGAAAUAUUGGAAGUGGAGUAGAUGAAACAGUUGUGGUAAGAUUUACAAAGACUGCAAUUGUUGGUAGAUCUAAAGCUGAAGAUGCACGUCAUCAUGGUCUUGUGGAGCCCACAAUCAACACCAAAGAAGCCAUGGAUGCAAUAAACAGCAUGUUUCGUGAGCCUUUAGGUCCAGAACCUUUUCAAAACUCCAACUCCAAUCCAAAAAAAGAUAAAGAAAAUGCUGACAGCUUCAAGGUGUUUAAUGAUAAUGACACGGGUCGACCCGUGGAGGAACCAUUUCAAAUAUAUUGUGAUCAUGAUGAUGAAGAUGAAGAUGAGAAAAUAGUAGAAAAUCAAAAAGACAAAAAUGAGGAAAAAGUGAAUCCAAAUAUGACAAAAGCUCCAUUCGUUUUUCAAAUUCCUAAAGAUAUUCCUGUAGAAUGUCCACAAGAAAAAUUCAGAGAAGAUACAGUGAUGUUGAGGUUUGUGGGGUCCACCAUAGCAGACGAGCCAAAGGUGGAAAAUGUUUGCCACCAUGGUCUAGUGGAGCCCACAGUGAACUUGAAGGAGGCCAUGGAUGACAUUAAUGGCAUGUUUGGGAAACCUAUAGAAUUUGUAAGGAAGAGAAGACCAAGAAAGCAGGAGAAAGAGAAACCCUUUGAGGAGAAGAAAAAUUGCAGCUCGUUUUUGAUACUUCCAGAUGAUGAUGAAAAUGACAAAUUUCAAGAAAAAUUUUGCAAACCGAGUGGUUCAUCUUCAAGAAAAGAAAACGAUUUGUUUGAGCAAACUGUUUGCACAAAAGAGGCCAUGGAUGAUAUAAACAAGAUGUUUGCAAUGCCAUUAGACUUUUAAACAACUUUGUAAUUGUAAGAGCCAUUAAACUGUUUCCCUUUCUUGUCA